UCGCUGCUCGACCCGCCCCUGGAGGCGGACCGAGCUGACUUAAACUCAGGGGCCCGGGAGGCCAGAGCGCCCUCCCCGCUUACCCGCCCUAGGUUGUUCGCCGGUCGGACCAAAGAAGUAAACACUGUGUGAAGGGGGAACACAUUUUCAGAGGGAAAUGGGAACAUACACAAUAAUACAAGAGUAAGAUUGUCUUUACAAGUAAUUUAUUGGAUUACAUCAUUAGAAGUUCAAGUAGCUCCAUCUUCGGCUGGAUCUAGCAUGUGAAUCUAAGGAAAGAAAAUUUUUAGGCUUUAGAGACACUCCUAUCUUUGAGCUCUGCUAUCUUCAGCACUGACUUCAUUCUCCCUUCAUUGAGUGGCUGCAGCAUAUCCAGAAAACUUCAGUUGCUCCUGUGCGGAGAAGGAGAUUCUUAAAAUCAGCCAUACUUGGGGUUUGUCAGAUUCCUGACAUUCAAAGCAACUGCUAACACACUGCUGCUACAUCAAAUCAGCAAUGAAUUGGAAUGCAAAACCAGAGAAUGUCACCUCACCACCACAGUAUCCUAAAAAGCAGUCAUGUUUUUUGGAGCAGGCAUUAAUAAAUACACUUAACACAACAUCUCAAAGUUCUUUAAACUAUCCUGGAAGUAACCAAGAAUCAUGUAUUCUUGGUAUUUCAAAUCCAGUUUCACAGCCACUGCUAAAUAUCAGGAAUUACACAACUCCUCAGCAGAUCCCUUUUCCUGAUAUGCAUAAUGGGACACUUGUGGCCUCACAAACUUCAGUAGAACGAAUCACAUAUGCAAAUGUUAAUGGAUCCAAACAGCUAAAUCACAAUUUUCAAACGUCUUCAGGAGUUACCCAAAAUGUAUGGUUGAACUCACCAAUGAGAAAUCCUAUGCUUUCUCAUGCAGGUGCAACUAUGUCCCAUCAGACUGGUUUUGGAACUAAUAAACCUAGUAUACAUGCACUACAGAAUCAGUUUGUAACAUCAGACUCCUAUUCUGUGCAACUACAAAUGAUCCCUUCUAAUUCUGCAAGAGUUCCUGUAACUUAUCAGGGAGCCCCAGGACUUAACCCAUCUUUAUCAGAACGACAGGUUGAUUGGACACCACAGUAUACAUCCAGUGGACUGACUUAUCCAGAUUACAGACCACUUUCAAAGCAAUACAGUUACUCAUCACGAAGCUUUUUGCCAGAUCCUACUCCUCAGAAACAAACCUCUGUGCCAUCAACAUCAUUGCAUAUUAAAAAUGUUCACCCUCCAGAUUCUCCACAGACUUUACAGUCAAAGCAGACUGCAGCCAUACAGUCCUAUCAAUAUGCAGUUACUCAAACUGACAAAAGACCUCCACCACCUCCUUAUGAUUGUAGAUACGCAGGCCAGCCUUUGCAGAGUACUCAGCAUGUUAUUAAACAGGCUUCUGUGGACAUUCCUCAGAGUCAAGAACUGCACUUACCUGAGAUGAGGAAAGACUACUCCAGAAGCUUUCAACAGCAUUGGCAAAACCUUAAUGAAAAUGUCAGCACAGUUGGAAAUUCCUGUAACUUGAAAGUAAAUACCAAUGUCACUCAGCCUUUUAAUGAACCUGUUAGAUCUUCUGUGGAUGGUGUUCAGGCCCUUGCUCAAAAUAAUCAAGAGAGAAGAAGAAACUGUGAUCUAACUUCAAAUCAAGUACUGGACACAAGUGCCACAAAAGAAAAGUUAGUGAGGGAUAUUAAAACAUUAGUAGAAAUAAAAAAGAAGUUCUCGGAACUUGCAAGGAAAAUUAAAAUUAAUAAAAAUCUUCUGAUGGCAGCAGGUUGUAUUAAAACAACUGAUACCUCUUACAAUGAAUUAGCUCCAAAUUCUGAAUUAUCUCUGAAACAAACUGCCCAAAUCCAGUCUGGACCACAAGUGACCCUAGGGACUAAAGAGGAUAAACCACGAACCAUAACAGAAUCUACAAAAGAAACAAAUAGAACACACAAUAGAAUGAAUUCCAACAUUCAGGACCCAAACUGGGGAAAUUGUAACCAAGUGAAUUCUGUUCUUCUAAAUUCUGUCUGUUCAGAAAAGUUGCCUAUGCCAGACAAGUUACAUGAUUUAAAAGUUAGGACUUCUUUAAAGGCAUCAACUGUUGAGAUUACCCAGGCAACAUUAAAUAACACUCAGAUUUCAUCAGGAAAUGUCAAUGUUGAACUAAAUGUGCCAACAAAUUCUGAAACUACUAGUGUCCCUCAGUCUACAUCCUUUGAGGAAUAUGUUUCAAAAAACCCAAAUAAAAAUACGCUAAUUCUCAGUCUGCUUACAUGUAGAGAUCAACCUCAGGAGAAAUUAUUUAAAAAUGCAAGUGAAACUAUUCAGGGUUCUAAACCACAUGGUUUUAAAAUUAACCCAGAUACUCCAAUCACUGGUAACCAACCAUCUUCGAAAACUAUGGAAACUCCAAGUACUUGUAAUCUAAAUGCCAGGGUUUUAGACAACUCCUUUUUCCUCGAGCAUAAAUCCUCAAGUGGAAUGCCUUCUGACAGUGACAAACGCUUUUCUGUGGAAUUGCUAGCAACCUGUCUUUCUCUGUGGAAAAAGCCUUCAGAAUCUACAGAGGAAAAACAGUAUAAUGAGACAAAAAACAGAACAGCAGUUGGAGUUUCAAAGCCUGUGGAAACCUGUGAUAAGAGUCCAUUUUCAGUUAUAGGAAAUUCUCAUAAGAAGGUAUACACCUCACAAGAAACAACUUUGUCAACAGUAGUACAGAAUUACGAGUCUUCCAGUGCAGCUGUUACAAAGGGAACAGAACUUCAGGUUGCUGUGGUGUCUCCCUUAAUUCUUUCAGAUGUCAAAACAUUGUCUGCCAAAGGAAUAACACCUGAAGCUGUACCUGAAACACUGUAUCCAGUUAUUAAGGAAGGCAGUGUUUGUAGCUUACAAAAUCAGCUGGCAGAAAAUACAAGUGUUACUGCUGCUUUGAAAGCUAAUCUUAAUGAACCAGUUGCUGGUACCUCAACAGACACAAAGAUGUUCUCACCAAUUCAGAAGGAAGAGCAAAGUGAGUCAACUAAUUCAGAAGACACACCUAAAAGCAAUCAAGAGAAGCGUAUCAAGUUAGAACCAGAUACCCACUGUUCUGUGAGUGAACAGCAAGCCUCAUACAAGUCAAGGAACACUGAUACUGUUAGUGGUGAUAUGUUACAUAUUGACAAUAUUUGUUCUCUUGUUGAAGGUGAUACAUCUUACAAUUCCCAAAUAGCAAAGAUAUUUAACAUGCCUCCUUUGGAAAGGGUUGAGCCACAGAAAUCUCUACCUACUCAAGUGAUUACCAAAGAACAACAAAAAGAACAAAUAGACAGCCUCACUGAAAAUAAAGACUUUCGUUUUCAAAAUGAUAAUUUUUCACAGUGCACAGAUGUUUCAUGUAAAAUAACUGAUGAGGCAGAAUCUCUGCAACCUCAAGAGUCAUCUUCAGAGUAUGUUAAAGUGGAUAGUGGAAUUCUAGAGGAGAAUAACAUGGACCAUAUCACUAAAAAAGAAAGCACAGCUAAUGAUAUGUGUUCAUUGUCAGCUAUUCAGCAGGAUAGUUGUCCUCAGGAAGUUGACAUGUCUGGCAGUUACACUGCUCAAGAUCCUCCAGGAAGUGAGAUUCUCAGUGAUAAAGCAUCUGUCUUAUACCUACAUGAUCAGCUAUCAGAACUCUUAAAAGAAUUUCCCUAUGGUAUUGAAGCUGUGAACACACAUGAAGGUUCUGUGACCCAGCAAAUAACAAACCAAAUCUUGAAAGAUCAAACUUGUGAUAAAACUGGUUGCGACUCUAAGGACUCAGCAGACCAAAUACAAAUUAUAAUAUUAAACUCAGAGCAAAUGAGAGAAUUAUUUCCUGAACAUGAUGAUCAACUCUGUGAGGUAGACAAGUUGAUGGAACAUCAGAAAGAACAACCUAUAAAAAAAGGGAGCAGCCAGUGUGAGCCACAAGCAGAUACAGAUGGAAAGACCGAGGAUACCUUAGAUUCAGAGAAAGAUGAUGUCGGUUGCUGUGCAUUGGGGUGGCUGUCUAUGGUUUAUGAAGGAGUACCCCAGUGUCAGUGUAGUUCCAUCAACAAUUCAAUUUCAAAAGAAGAAGGGGAAAAUCAGUGUUCUCCUUCAAAGAUUAACAGUUGUGAACAAGAAGAAAGAACUUCUGAUAGAAAUGUACCUGUUGGGUGUAAUAGUUCUCUAAAUAACAGUCCGGAAAUUCCUUCGACUUCUCCAGAUACAAAAAAACAUUCUUCUGAAAUAGAGCAAGGCAAAAAUAGAAAUGAUAUGCCUAAAACAAAACAUAAGUCAGUGAAGACACAAGAAGUAUCAGGUCAGUUUUUAUCUAAAGGUGAUAAAAAACUAGAUUCCAUGCAAAGUCACAAAAGAAAAAGAAAAUUGCAGUUUCAUGAGGUAACUUUUAAUACCAGUAAUAAAAUGACAAAAUUUUCUCAAGAGAGCCUGCAACAGAAGCUCAUGGCACAAAACUUACGUCCACUAAAACCAAAGGCAGGGUUUUUGACAAGUAAAAAUAAAGAUCUACGUAUGAAGAGUGGUUCUUUGGUACAGUCACUAUCCCCAGAGAAAAUAAAAUUGAAAGGUGGCUUAAGACAAAAAGUUUUGGAAAAAAGGAAGUUAGAUGAUGGGAGCAUACUUGAUUCAAAGAUAAAGAAGAAGAAGAAAUAUGAACGGGAGCAGAAUAAAAGUAUGGGAGAUAGUACCUUUAAAUUAUGUAAUUUUUUGUCAGUUACAAAUGAAAGAGCUAGGGUUAAAGAAAAAGCAGUAUCACAUGUUAAGUCCUCAGUUCCUAAGGAUAGUUCAUCUAAAAUUAGUAGAGUUCUAACAUCAAAGGAGUAUUUGCAAAGGCAGAAGCACAAAGAAGCAGUGGGUAGCAGUGCAUCAAAGAAAAGCUAUGUGAGAAAUGUACCAUGUGAUUCUCAAUACAUGAAGUCCAGUAAACUUCCCAUGCAGGUUGGGAGUUGUGGGAAAUCAAAUGAGAGACCUAACAGCAGUGUACAGGCUUCUAAAGAAUCCUUAAAUAUUCAUUCAAGCCAUGGUAAAAGCCUCAAGAUUCACCAUUCUGAGGAAUCUAAAACAUACGUUUCAAGAAGUGUUAAGGGUAUAGUUGGUGGAAAGCAACCUGAUAAAAUGUGGAUUGAUAAAACCAAGUUAGACAAAACUUCAGGCAACAUAAACAGUGAAGUGGAAUUCAGUCAAAUGUCUCCCCAGUCGAAGGAUCAAAGGAAACUGUAUCUGAACAGAGUUGCAUUUAAAUGUACUGAGCGUGAGAGCAUUUGUCUCACAAAAUUAGAGAGUUCACCCAGGAAGCUUCAUAAAGAGAAGAGACUGGAAAAUAAACCUCAGAGCCUCUUACCUGCCACAGAAAAACGAAACAUGCUGGAAUUUAAAUUAUGUCCAGAUGGACUGAUGAAGAAUACAAAUUCUGUUCAUGACUGGAAGGAUCUGCAGCCUUGUCCUAGGAAGGAGCAAGCACCUGUGCAAGGUCUAGUAUGAUUUUCUUCAUCGUGUCUGGAACAUUGUCAGGCAUUAUAGGUGAAAAAGUAGGUUAGCACUACUUAAGCCACAUGGGUAGCUCGAAAAGACUUAAAUGAAUUUGCUGUUGCUUGGUAUUUGUUUUUGUAAAUCAGUGGAUCAUUUGGGCAGUAUUUAUCUCCCCCUUACUGUAAAUUGUCCUCAAUUUGUACUUCAGAGGUAUAUAAAAUUGGAAGUUUGCCAAAUACAAAAUUUCCUUUUGCACCAAGAAGCCUAUAUUACGAAAAAUGGUUUUUGCGCUAAGUUAGAAAAAUGUUAACAUACUAUUUCAAGUAUUCUGUUGAUUGUCAUUUGGGCUUGGAAUUUCAAAGCCCUGUGAACUUGAAGAUUUUGUCUGUCUAAAUAUGAGGAGAUAAUUGUUACAUAUUAGUGAAAACUUCUCAUACAUAGGGAAAUGGCACAACUUACUAUCGACUUUAAAGUAGUUGGUGACUGUGUUACCACAAAAAAGUGCAACUAUGUAGUCUUUUCUUAAAAUCUUGAAAUGGGAGGACUGUGGAAGUAGUAUUGUCCAGUAUUAAGUUACCAAAGCCAGAACGUUAAGCAUGACUGUCAGUUAGCUGCUGAGUAAUAGAACUUUCAGUGUAGUGUCAGGAAGGAGAAAACAGGACUAAUUUUUUAUGAUAGUAAGGAAACAUUUAGGGGUUGUGGAUAUUACAUAUAAAACAUUGUGCUUAGAAAUUCAGAUUGGAGAAGUAAAUGAUUUGAAUGACAACCUUAAUUUCUCCCGUGAUGUUUAGAUGGUAUCUGUUGGGGCACAUAAAAUGACGAUAUAAAUACAAGGUAUCUUUUCUUGAAAGGAGAUAGGGAUGUAUGAUAAAAAUCAGUAUAAAAUUCAGUUUGUAAAGUAUUGGUGAUUUCACUUGGCUAUGUAAGUAGAUCUUUGGGAACUGAGGCACGUGUAACAAGAACAUUAAAAGUGGGUGGGGGCAAUGGGAGUGACUUUUCUGUCUCAUGAACCCUUAAGUACCUUGAGAUUGGUUGAUGUUCAGCCUAAGAGGGAGAAAUACAAUUCCAUAGUGAAGAUAAACUUUUGAAGCAAUUUCUUUUCCAUUUACGUGAUACUCAGGCACUUGAAAUGGAAGAGAGCAUUUUUUUCAGGCUUCUUUCAGACUUGGAUUAUAUGUGAAUAUAUUAUACCUUUUAAUCUCUGUUUUAUGCUUACAUGAUUUUCCUUCAAUAUAGUAUUAAAAGAUGAAUAGCAAUUUCUAGAGAUCUGAAAAUGAAUAUUUAGUUUCAGGAAUAAAAAGUACUAAAGAAGACUG